AUGUCCAUAUAUUCACAGACAAAUGACAGCUUUGUGAGGCCUAAAAUCAUUCUUGAUCCAAAAGUGUCAAGUUUUAGUGUUCAGGAUUUCGAUCAUCUACGGAACCCCAAGAAAUCUUAUAACUCCCCCCUUGCCGUUAUUGCUCAUAUUGAUGUUAAUGCUUUUUUCGCCCAAGUAGAACAAUUGAAGCAUGGAUUUACAAGGGAGGAUCCAGUGAUUUGCGUUCAGUGGUCAAGUAUUAUUGCCGUUUCAUACGCAGCAAGAAAGUACGGAAUUAAUCGAAUGGAUAAUUUGAAAUCUGCAAUCAAGAAGUGUCCCCAUGUCAUUCCUCUUCACACAUCAGUUUUUAGAAAAGGAGAGAAUUUCUGGAGAAAUGUGAAUAGUUGUAAUCCGGCCGAUUUCCCAAGCCCGGCAACUCAUAAAGUUUCAUUGGAUCCAUACCGAAGAGAGUCACGGAAGAUGCAGCGGAUAUUUCACGAGAAUUGCAAAAUCGUAGAAAAGGCUAGUGUGGAUGAAAGUUUCUUUGAUUUAGGAACCGAAGUAUAUGAAAAAGCAAGGGAGUUAUUUCCGCAAUUGAAAGAUAUUGAUAACUGCGAUGACCCUCUUCAGAAACUACCACCGAUACCAAAUGAAUUACCCGAAUGGUGCCAAAGAGUAAGAGGAGUUUUCAUACCUACAACGGAAGAACUUGAAACUCCGUUAUCUCAAAAUAAUGAAGAAGAAGAGGAAGAAGAAGAAGAAGAAGAAGAAGAAGAAGAAAACAAAGACAAGGAGGAAUCUUCCGCGCCGCACAGACGCGGACAGGUAUUGAUAUUUAGAGAUUGGGAUGAUAUUCUUAUCCAUAUUGGCUCGUUAAUAACCUUGGAUUUAAGAAAGAAGAUAGAUGAUGCUUUGGGAUAUACAACUUCAUGUGGUGUGGCAAGAGUUAAAACGUUAGCCAAAUUGGCAUCAGGGUUUAAGAAACCGGAUAACCAGACUAUUAUUAGAAAUGGUUCAAUAGCUGAAUUUCUCAAGAAUUUUAGCAUUGUUGAUUUUUGGGGACUUGGAGGAAAAACUGGUGAUAAUGUCGCAUUUCAACUUAAAGUGCCACAUGAGAAGGAAAAAGUCAUCGAGUAUAUCAGAGACAAAUUUAGUCUUGAAGAUUUAGUGGAGAAGUUGGAUAAAGAUUUGGAAUUAGCCACAAAAGUUUAUAAGAUUGUGCGAGGCGAAUUGCAUGCACCUUUUGCAGAAAAAAGGGAACCAAGUAUGUGUUCUUCAAAACGAUUUCGAGGCGAAUCAGUAAAUAAUAGAGAUGAUUGUGUGGGGUGGAUAAAAGUGUUUGCUGGUGAUUUAUUUCAAAGAAUAAAGGAAACUAAUGAGGAGCAAUUCGGUACCAAUUACUCAAAAGAUCAGAAAGGAUCGUCUAACCCUGCUGGAAUAAAGAUUAGAUGCCCAAGAUCAUUAUCUCUUCAUUAUGUGACUUUAUCAAGCAGGAUAUCUAGGUCUCGUCAAAUGGCAUUUCCGGUAGUUUCAAUUGAAGAUUUAGAGAAAAAUAUAUUUGAACUAGGAGUGAAGUUGUUGGAUGAAAUAUUGAAUCUUGCGAAAUACGAAGACCACGAACUUUUUCCAUUAGGAAUCAUGGAUUUAACAUUGGCAAAACUUGAAGUUGUGAGUGGAUUGGGUUUUAUUGAAAACUUUUUUAAAGCGGAAAAGCCUGCCCAGUCCAACAACGCAAAAAAAGAUAUGGAAAAUGGAGAAAAGAUUGAACGAGUACCAUUUGUUUACGAAUCUAGGAAGAAUCUUGGAAAGGAAGAAACACAGAAGAAUAGUAUUCAUUCGAUGCUAAAGUUGAAAAAUAGCAGCAAAACUAAAAACCACGAAAAAUCGAAAGUAAUUGCAGUGAAAGAUAUCAAAAAGGAUGAUAAAGAUGUAUUACCGGAAUUGGUUACGGAAAGCAACGAGCUUGUACCUGAAGAGUACUUUUGCGAAUCAUGUAAUAUGGUGAUUUUGAACAAAUCCAAUAAUCCACACUUCGUUACAGAGCAUCAAGAUUACCAUUUUGCCAUUAGUUACUCCACAAAAUUGAAUGGUGAAAAUAUGACUCAGAAUAUUUUGACCCAUAAUGAACCGGACCAGAGUAAAGCAAAUUCUCCAAUUAUAUAUGACCUUACGAUAUCGCCUUCAAAUCUGCCGAAGUUGAAGGCGAAUAGUGUAUUAAAAAGAGAAAAACCAUCUAAUAAAAAUAAAAAUAAGAAAGCCAAGUUGGAGAAGGGACAAUCGAUGCUACCUUUUUGA